CUAAACCCUAUCGUCGGUCCCUCGUCUUUUUCCCAUUCCCACUUCUUUCUUCAGAUUUCUUACCGCAGUCUCACGCCAACGCCCCUGACCGGCCCACUAAUUUUCUUUCCGCUCCCCUUCUCCGCCGCUCGCCGGCAACCCCUUCACUACCGCCACCGUCUCUUUUCCUUCUUCUUUCCCUAUCUCUCUCUCUGCUGCAACCCCACGCCGGCGAGCCACCCCGUGUUCUGCCGCAGUCGCACGACUGCCCACUAACUUCUUUUGCAGCUUCCCGUCGCCGUGGUCCGCUCCAAUCUUCCCCUGCUCCCUACAUCUUUCAGUCGCUCGCCGUUCAGGUCUUCUAAAGUUUAACCAGCUCAGGCCAUGGGAGUUCCAGCCUUCUAUAGAUGGUUAGCGGAGAAAUAUCCUUUGGUGGUUGUGGAUGUGAUUGAGGAAGAACCAGUGGUAAUAGAUGGUAUUGCCAUUCCGGUUGAUACAAGCAAACCCAAUCCAAACAACCUUGAAUUCGAUAACCUCUACCUAGACAUGAAUGGCAUUAUUCAUCCUUGCUUCCAUCCUGAAGAUAGGCCUUCUCCAACAACUUUUAGCGAGGUAUUUCAAUGCAUGUUUGAUUAUAUUGAUAGGCUUUUUGUCAUGGUUCGGCCUAGAAAAUUGCUAUACAUGGCUAUAGAUGGUGUUGCCCCUAGGGCAAAAAUGAAUCAACAGCGAUCUCGACGAUUUAGAGCUGCAAAAGAUGCAAUAGAUGCAGCCGCUGAAGAGGCACGAUUGAGAGAAGAGUUUGAGAGGGAGGGGCGGAAGCUUCCUCCAAAGCAGGAGUCACAAGUUUUUGAUUCCAAUGUGAUUACUCCUGGAACUGAUUUUAUGGCAGUUCUGUCCAUUGCGUUGCAGUACUAUGUUCAUCUUAGGCUAAACAAUGACCCUGGUUGGAAAAAUAUCAAGGUUAUUCUCUCUGAUGCCAAUGUUCCUGGUGAAGGGGAACACAAAAUAAUGUCGUAUAUUCGUCUUCAGAGAAAUCUUCCUGGUUUUGAUCCCAAUACUCGUCACUGCCUGUAUGGUUUGGAUGCAGAUUUGAUAAUGUUAGCCUUGGCUACCCAUGAAGUCCAUUUUUCAAUUCUGCGUGAGAUCGUGUUUACUCCUGGACAACAAGAAAAGUGCUUUCUAUGUGGCCAGAUGGGUCAUUUUGCAGCUGACUGUGAGGGUAAAGCCAAGAGAAAGGCUGGAGAGUUUGAUGAGAAAAGUGAAGAAGUUGUAGUUAAGAAACCUUACCAGUUUCUCCAUAUAUGGACACUUAGAGAGUACUUGGAACAUGAGAUGCGUAUUCCUAAUCCUCCCUUUGAAAUCGACAUUGAACGCAUUGUGGAUGAUUUUGUGUUUAUGUGUUUCUUUGUUGGCAAUGACUUUUUACCCCAUAUGCCUACAUUAGAGAUUCGGGAGGGCGCAAUUAACUUGCUAUUAGCUGUGUAUAAGAAGGAAUGUAGGGCACUUGGUGGGUAUUUGACUGAUGGAAGCAAGCCAAAUUUGCAAAGAGUGGAACAUUUUAUUCAAGCUGUUGGCAGUUAUGAGGAUAAAAUAUUCCAGAAAAGAGCAAGACUGCAUCAGAAGCAGGCAGAUAGAAUAAAACGUGAAAAAGGUCAGAUAAGAAGAGGAGAUGAUGCAGAGCCUCAGGUCCUACCAUCCCUAGUUGCAGUUACUCGUUUUCAUGAAUCUCGUCUAGCUUCUGGUCCUUGUCCUUCACCAUAUGAACAAUCAGGAGUGGGAAAAGCCACAUCCAGAUUAUCAGGACUGAACAUUAAGAACAAGCAACUAUUGGAGUCUCAUGGUAGUGGUACCUCUGCUCGGCAUAACAAAGUUGCACGUCUGUCAUCUGGGGCUUCUAUUGGUUCUGCAAUCGUUGAAGCAGAAAACACUUUGGAAAUGGAUAUCCAUGAGAACAAGAAGGAAUUGAAGACCAAGCUCAAGGAGGUACUGCGUGAGAAGUCUGAUGUUUUCAACUCUAAUAAUUCAGAAGAAGACAAGAUUAAAUUAGGCAUACCUGGGUGGAGAGAGAGGUAUUAUAAUGAAAAGUUUUCUGCAAAUACUCCAGAGGAACUUGAUGACAUACGAAAUGAUGUUGUUUUGAGAUACACAGAAGGCCUAUGUUGGGUUAUGCACUAUUAUUAUGAAGGUGUAUGUUCUUGGCAAUGGUUUUAUCCAUAUCACUAUGCACCAUUUGCUUCCGAUCUCAAAGGUCUUGGUGAGCUGAAUAUAUCAUUCAAUUUAGGCACUCCCUUCAAGCCAUUUAAUCAACUACUGGGUGUCUUCCCUGCUGCUAGUGCGCACGCCCUCCCUGAGCAGUAUCGGAAAUUGAUGACCGAUCAGAACUCGCCUAUUAUUGACUUCUAUCCUACAGAUUUUGAAGUGGAUAUGAAUGGUAAACGGUAUUCCUGGCAGGGGAUUGCAAAAUUGCCUUUUAUUGAUGAAACCCGCCUUCUUGCAGAGGUUGAAAAAGUUGAGCAUACGUUGACGGAAGAAGAAGCGCGAAGAAACAGUGUGAUGUUUGACAUGCUUUUUGUUACAUCUUCUCACCCACUCUCUGUUAGUAUAUACUCGCUUGACAACCGCUGUAAGCAGUUGGCAGAAAGAGAUCGUACUGAGGUCAAGGAGAAGAUAAACCCUGAACAUAGGGUUAACUGCAGUGAAGGAAUGAAUGGUUAUCUCUCUCCAUGUUUGGGAGAGCUCUGCCCUCCUAUAUUCAGGUCUCCAGUUGAGGGCUUGGAGGAUAUUAUAGACAACCAAGUCAUAUGUGCUAUAUAUCGACUUCCAGAUGCACACAAGCAUAUCACCCAACCGCCUGCUGGAGUGAACUUUCCUCCUAAGGUUGUGAGCAUGGGUGACCUGAAACCUGAACCCGUUUUAUGGCAUGAAGAUAAUGGGAGGAGGCAUCAUCAUCAAGACAAUGGAAGAUACAAUGAGAAUGGAAGGCCAAAUCCUCCUGGAGCGAUUUCAGGUCGACAACUAGGGGAUGCAGCACAUAGACUUGUUGUUAACAGCUUGCAGGUUAGGGGGGGAGAUCGCACAGGUCAUGGUCAUAACAAUUGGCAGGCACCCCCGCUCCCCCAUACAGCGCAACCCUACAUCCCUGGCCAACCUCCUCCACAUCCACAUAUAGAUUAUAGAUCAGGAGAUCGAGCAGUAGACUAUAGAAUGCCACCAGGUGCCAGACCGAACUACUCCCAAGGUCAUCACAACACAACACGCAGCCACCAAGAUCAAAGGUACCAUCAGCCACUCCCAAGCCACCACCACCGCGACAUGAGACCUCAUUCCCAACACUACAAUAGUAGAGCAGCACACAAUCAAGUGAGUUCCCAACAUUAUAGUGAGAAUCCUGAAGCUUAUUACCCAUCGGCAUCAACAUCGUGGCGAGGCCACAGUGAUGUGCCUCCCUAUCCUCAUAAUAGACCUUCAUCACACCAUCCUCCAACUUAUCAAAGUGGUUACAAUUACAACCAACUGACUGCCGGUCCGGGGAGUAGUCAGCAACAUCACGGUGGUGUGUGGCAGCCUCCACCAGCCAACCAUGGCGCCCUGCAUCACCAAUAUGGAAAUAAGUAUUCAGCGCUUGAUAGAAGAGGAAACGGGAGACCACCUUCUUCAGCACCACAUUCCCAUGGCCGCAGGCAAAAACCAUACUAAGAUCAAAAUUCAUUCUUGUACGUCUAAUCUAUUACUUUUCUUAUUAUUUUAGCCCACCACUCACACAUUCCUUUACCCGCAUAAGGAAAUUGUUGUACAAUAUUAUAAGACCCUUUUUUAUAUUAGUUCAUGUGUCUUGUAAUAAUUAAAAAAAUGUCGUUUUGUAACAUAAAAAUGUGGGAAUUUUUGGGUCUUUUUUUAAUCCUACAAGAAGAUUCAUAA